AACGCGCGCUAGAGCCGAGUCGUGCGUACCGAGAGAGAGCAUCGUCGAGUGGCGUCUGUCAUUGUCUGGUUUAUAGGGUGGUCGAGAGUGGGGACGGAAAGGUACCGUUCCUUUCCGUGAACUAGAAAGAAAUGAACUAGAACCUAAGCCACUUUUCUUGGUAUCCAGACAGCCUUUAUCUGUCGAAAAACAGGUCACAAUAGCUCUAUACAAAUUAGCAAGUUGUGCUGAAUAUACAGUCGUUGGUGAUGUGAUGGGUGUUCACAAGUCAACAGUUCGAAAAUGCUUAUUUAGAGUAACCAAGGUCAUCAACAACAUCAUGGUAAAAAAUUGUAUGUUUAUGCCUUCUGAAGACGAAGCUGAAUUCAUAUCACUCCAAUUUAAAAGAAAAAGCUUUAUUCCACAAUUAAUUGGAAGUAUUGACGGAACACAUAUCCCAAUUACUGCACCACAAGAGGGUUAUCAAGAUUUUGUAAAUAGGAAAGGCUGGACAUCAUAUAAUGUAAUGGCUGUUGUCGACCAUAAUGGAAGAUUUAGAAAUGUUGUAAUAAAACAUCCAGGAAGUGUGCACGAUGCUGCCGUAUUCAAGGACAGCCGUCGGCCUGCCGUCAACCAAUCUUGUGAAACUCAGACAUCUGAAAACAUUAAUGGUAUGGCUGUACCAUAUAUGAUUGUUGGUGAGCCAGCUUAUCCUAUGUUACCUUGGCUCAUCAAAGGCUAUUCAGGCUCGUUGUCAGCAGAAGAGUCUUUCAACGUGUAUUUGAAUUCUGCACGAGUUUCGGUGGAAAUGGCAUUCGAAUGGUUAGAAGAAGUGUCCAACAGUGAUAAGUUGUUUCCUCAACCAAUAGCUGUACAAAAUCGUGAUAGAGACUGCAUACCUGCUAUAACA